UACCAUAUAUUAAAGCCAACGGGAUCAUCAGUUAUGUGUUGGUAUAUAGAAAGAGUCUCUUUGUUUGUUAAUUCUUCCUCCUCACUAAAAGCUAUACAAUCGUGAUCCUCUCUUGAAUAUACCAAUGGAUUCUAUUUUUCCCCUACCAAUGUUGCUGCUGCUGCAAUCAGCUUCUACGCGUACAAUAUUUUUUCAACCGAAAAUCUUCAAGAUGGAUAAGAAGAAGACAAAAGGAAGGGUUUUGAAGUUUCAUUAACCUCAGAAAAGCUAAAAGUGGAAGGGAUAAAGCUGGACGACCUCUUUUUUCUACGAAACUUCCUUUCUCGCUUUAUCUUUUUUAUCUCUUAGUCUCAGAAGUCAACAGUUUCUGUGUUAACAAAGCCUCCUCUUUGUCUAUUUAUCCCUUUCUGAUACAAUUAUUUCAACAGAAAAUCUUCCACAUCUCAUCAUCAAGAAAACAAUACAAUGGCUUCUUCUUCUUCUUUAACUCUUUUGGCACCAACGUCUUCUUCUUCUUCUUCGCCUCCCAAUUGUGAACGCCAUGUCUUCCCAAGCUUCCACGGGGCUGAUGUCCGCAAAUCCUUUCUGAGCCACGUUCUCAAGGAGCUCAGAAGCAAAGGAAUCGACCUAUUCCUUGACAAUGAUAUGGAGAGAAGUAAAUCGAUAGGUCCUGAGCUCGUAGAAGCUAUUAGAGGAUCGAGGAUUGCGAUUGUCUUGCUCUCUAAGAACUAUGCUUCGUCCACAUGGUGCUUGAACGAGCUGGCUGAGAUCAUCAAGUGCAGAGAACGGUUUGGUCAAACAGUGAUACCCCUUUUCUAUGAACUGGAUCCAACUCAUGUAAAGAAGCAGACCGGUGACUUUGGGAAGGUCUUGUUAAAAACUUGCAAAGGUAAAGCACAGGAAGACAUCCAGAGGUGGAAAUGUGCUCUGACGGAAGUGGCUCAAAUCACAGGUUACCAUUCAACAAACUGGAAGACUGAAGCAAAGAUGAUUGAAGAUAUUGCCACUGAAGUUUCGAACAAGUUGAACCUUUCUGCACCAUCCAGUGAUUUCGACUACUUAGUUGGGAUAGAAUCUCAGAUGACACGAAUGAGACCAUUUUUACAGCUAGACUCGGAUGAUGUGAGAAAAAUAGGGAUUUGGGGCCCGCCUGGGAUUGGUAAGACCACUGUUGCUAGAUCUUUAUUCAACCGGUACUCUCAAGAUUUUCAACUGAGUGUCUUUAUAGAUAAUAUCAAAACAAAGUAUGCCAUACCAGCUUCUUCCGAUGACUACAGUGUGAAGUUGUAUUUACAGAAGCAGCUUAUGUCUCAACUAACCAACGAGACAGGUAUCAGUAUUUCACAUUUGGGAGUCGUCAAAGAUAGGUUGAAAGAUAAGAAAGUUCUUGUGGUCCUUGAUGAUGUGGAUCAUUUAGUACAACUGGAAGCCAUGGCAAAAGAAACUUAUUGGUUUGGUCCUGGGAGUCGGAUUAUAGUAACAACACAAGAUCAAAGGGUUUUAAAAGCAAGUGGGAUCAACCAUAUACACAGGGUGAAAUUACCAUCAUAUGGUGAAGCUCUUCAAAUGUUCUGCAUGUAUGCUUUUGAUCAGAAAUACCCAAAGGAUGGUUUCGAGAAGCUUUGUUGUGAAGUUGUGAAUCUUGUAGGUAGACUUCCGUUGGGGAUAAAAGUUAUGGGCUCAUAUUUUCGGGGAAUGUCUGAGCAAGAUUCGACAGAGGCUCUACCAAGAUUAAAGGCACACCUUGACCGAGAUGGAGAAAUUGCAAACAUUUUAAAGUUUAGUUAUGAUGCCUUAAAUGAUGAAGAUAAAAGAUUAGUUCUCCAUAUAGCCUGCUUUUUCAACGGUGAACGAAAUGGUAUGGUGGAAAGUUGUCUAGAAAAAUCUUUUGAGGAUGUAAGACAAGGGCUUCGCGUCUUAUCUGAAAAAUCUCUCAUAUCUAUUGAAAAUAGAUGGAUAUAUAUGGAUAAGUUGCUAGUCCAACUUGGAAAACAAGUUGUGCGAAAAGAAUCUGUUAGUGAACCUGGAAAACGCCAGUUUUUGAUUGAUGCAAUCGAUAUUGGUGAAGUACUUCAUGAUGAUAAAGCUGGUAGUAGCAGUGUCAUAGGAAUAUCUUUUGAGCAUACGGAGGCCAUAACAUGGACGGGUGAAAGAUCCUUUGAAAGAUUGUCUAAUCUUCAGUUUUUAAAAAUUCAUGGUCAUGGCAUCAAUCCGAAAAGUAUGAAUUACAUGUCCCGAAAACUAAGAGUACUAGAUUGGCGGAAGUUCAACAUGUCAUGUUUUCCUUCAAAUUUUAAUCCAGAGUUCCUAGUCGAACUACGCAUGACUGAUAGCAGUCUUGAGAAAUUGUGGGAAGGAAAUAAACCGCUAAGCAAUCUCAAGCGGAUGGAUUUGAGUUCUUCAAGAAGAUUGAAAGAGCUUCCUGAUCUCUCAACUGCCACUAAUCUAUAUGACUUGAACCUCAACUGUUGCUCAAGCCUGCUGACGCUCCCUUCCUCUAUUGGGAGCGCAAUUAAUCUGAAAUACUUGGAUCUCUGUCUUUGUUCGAGUCUGGUGGAGCUACCUUCUUCUAUGAGAAACCUUCGUAAAUUGUCGAGAUUGGUAUUAUACAAAUGCUCAAAGUUAGAGGUUGUUCUGGCCAACAUCAACUUGGAAUCUCUAGAAGAACUCGAUCUCUCAGGUUGCUCUUUGGCGAAAAGUUGUACUGAGAGUUCAACAGAAAUUGAAGAGCUUGAUCCAUGGCUUCCGGAUUUGCUAGGAGAACAUCCCUCAGAUUGGUCUUUGUUGGAAAAUUAUACUGAGAGUUCCACAAACAUUCAAGAGCUUGAUCCAUGCAUAGGGAGAGUAUCUAGUCUAAAAAAACUAGUACUAAGGGGAAUGAAGAAGCUGGUAUCACUCCCACAGCUUCCGGAUUCGCUAUUGUAUCUCGAUGCUUCCGAUUGUGAGACACUGGAGAGACUAGAUUGCUCCUUUCGCAAUCCAAAUAUUAUUCUCAACUUCAAAAAUUGCUUCAAACUAAAUCAAGAAGCUAAAGAUCUCAUCAUCCAGACGCCUACUUAUCGGUAUGCGGUCUUUCCUGCUGAAGAAGUGCCUAUCUGUUUCAGUCACCGAUCUUAUGGGAGCUCCUUAACUGUGAAGCUGAAUCAGAUGCCUCUUGGCAAAUCAACCAAAUUUAAGGCUGGCAUCAUUUGUGCUGAUGUGGAUGAAGCAUAUUGGGGAUCUGUCUGUUGUACCAUCACGUCCGGAAGGAAUUCUCUCGCUUAUUGUAAAAAGGCAGUAGAUGUAUCUUUUGUGGGGCAUCUGUUGACAUUCGAGGUUGAGGUUGAAACAGAGGAGGUCACUUCCACCGAGCUUAUUUUUGAUUUCGAGCUUCUCGGUUCGAAAUCCAAAAUAUGUAAGAUAAAAGAAUACGGGAUAUUCCAGCUCCCGGAGUGUCAACCAAGCAGCAGCAAUAGGAUCGGUUGUGGCUGUGGUUCUAAUACAACAGCAUUUUGUUAUCUGCUUAAGAUGAUCUCCAGAGCUGUUGAUAAAUUAGAGUCUAAUCAUGACCAAAAGAUUCUGCCUGUCUUUGUUACUCUUGACCCUGUACGAAACACACCUUCUCAUCUCCAUGCCUACUUGAAAGAAUUUGACGAUAGAAUACUUGGAUUGACUGGAUCAGCAAGUGCAAUGAGGCAAAUGGCACAGGAGUAUCGUGUUUAUUUCAAGAAGGUUCAAGAAGAUGGAGAUGAUUACCUCGUUGAUACUUCUCAUAACAUGUACUUGUUGAAUCCGAAGAUGGAGGUUGUGAGAUGCUUUGGAGUUGAGUAUAAUCCAGAUGACCUCUCACAAGAGUUCUUCCUCCUAACUAAAAAGCUCUACGAUCGUGAUCUUCUCUUCAACAUAGCAAUGGAUUCUUUUUUUGCCGGUACCAAUGUUGCUGCUGCUGCAAUAUGCUUCUACGCCCUUUUAGGUACAAUAUUUUUCAACAAAAAAUCAAGAUCACAUCAAGAAAACACCAAAAUGGCUUCUUCUUCUUUAACUCUUUUGGCUCCUGUGUCUUCUUUGCCUCGUAAUUGGAUACAUCAUGUCUUCCCAAGCUUCCACGGGGAAGAUGUCCGCAAAACCUUCCUCAGCCACGUUCUCAAGGAGCUGAGAAGCAAAGGAAUCAACUCAUUCUUUGACGAUGAUAUGGAGAGGAGUAAGCUGAUCGGUCCUGAGCUCAUAGAAGCUAUUAGAGGAUCGAGGAUUGCUAUUGUCUUGCUCUCGAGGAACUACGCUUCGUCGACAUGGUGCUUGAACGAGCUGGUGGAGAUCAUAAAGUGCAGAGAAAGGUUUGGUCAAACAGUGAUGCCCCUUUUCUAUGAAGUGGAUCCAACUGAUGUAAAGAAGCAGACCGGUGAUUUUGGGAAGGUCUUCCGAAAAACUUGUAGAGGGAAAACAAAGGAAGACAUCCAAAGGUGGAAAUGUGCUUUGACAGAAGUGGCUCAAAUCACAGGUUACCAUUCAACCAACUGGAAGACUGAAGCAAAGAUGAUUGAAGUUAUUGCCACUGAAGUUUCAAACAAGUUAAACCUUUCUGCACCAUCUAGUGAUUUUGAAGACUUAGUUGGGAUGGAAUCUCAUAUGACAAGAAUGAGACCGUUGUUACUGCUAGAUUCAGAUGAAGUGAGAAAAAUAGGGAUUUGGGGUCCGCCUGGUAUUGGAAAGACCACUAUUGCUAGAUCUUUAUUCAACCAACAUUCUCAAGAUUUCCAACUGAGUGUAUUUAUAGAUAAUAUCAAAACAAAGUAUGCAAUACCAGCUUCUUCCGAUGACUACAGUGUGAAGUUGCAUUUACAGAAGCAGCUUAUGUCUCAACUAACCAACGAGACAGGUAUCAGUAUUUCACAUUUGGGAGUCGUCAAAGAUAGGUUGAAAGACAAGAAAGUUCUUGUCAUCCUUGAUGAUGUAGAUCAUUUAGUACAACUGGAAGCCAUGGCAAAAGAAACUUAUUGGUUUGGUCCUGGGAGUCGGAUUAUAGUCACAACACAAGAUCAAAGGGUUUUAAAAGCAAGUGGGAUCAACCAUAUACACAAGGUGGAUUUACCAUCAAAUGAUGAAGCUCUUCAAAUGUUCUGCAUGUAUGCUUUUGAUCAGAAAUACCCUAAGGAUGGUUUCCAGAAGCUUUCUUAUGAAGUUAGGAAUCUUGUAGGUGGACUUCCCUUGGGGCUGAGGGUUAUGGGAUCUUAUUUUCGGGGAAUGUCUGAGCAAGAUUGGACAGAGGCAGUACCAAGAUUAAGGACACACCUUGACCGAGAUGGAGAAAUUGCGAGCAUUUUAAAGUUUAGUUAUGAUGCCUUGAAUGAUGAAGAUAAAAGUUUAUUUCUCCAUAUAGCCUGCUUUUUCGAUGGUGAACAAGAUGGUGUGGUGGAAAGAUGUCUAGAAAGAUGUUUUAAGGAUGUGAGACGAGGGCUUCGCGUCUUAUGUGAAAAAUCUCUCGUAUAUAUGGAUAUGGUAUGGAUAAAGAUGCCUGAGUUGCUAGUCCAACUAGGACGACAAAUUGUGAGAAAAGAAUGUGUUAGUGAACCUGGAAAACGCCAGUUUUUGAAUGAUGCAAGGGAUAUUGGUGAAGUACUUAGUGAUGAUAAAGCAAGUAAUAGCAGUGUUAUAGGAAUAAAUCUUGAGCGGAAUGAGGAAAUAACAUGGACGAGUGAAAGAGGCUUUGAAAGAUUGUCUAAUCUUCAAUUCUUAAAAAUUCAUAGUUAUGGCAUCAGUCGGCUAAGUAUGAACGACAUAUCCCGAAAACUCAAAGUACUAAUUUGGCCGAUGUUCCCCAUGGCAUGUUUUCCUUCAAGAUUCAAUCCAGAGUUCCUUGUCGUACUACGCAUGAAUAAUAGCAGACUUGAGAAAUUGUGGGAAGAAAAUAAACCGCUGAAAAAUCUCAAGUGGAUGGAUUUGAGACAUUCAGAAAGUUUGAAAGAGUUUCCUGAUCUCUCAGCUGCCACUAAUCUAUAUGACUUGGAUCUCAGCUUUUGCUCAAGCCUGGUGAAGCUUCCUUUUUCUAUCGGGAACGCAAUUAAUCUCCAAAAACUAAACCUCAAUUUUUGUGUGAGUCUGGUGGAUCUCCCUUCCUCUAUGAGAAACCUUGGUAGAUUGUCGAAAUUGGAGUUAAAGGGAUGCUCAAAGUUACAGGUUAAUCUGGCCAGCAUCAACUUGGAAUCUCUAGAAGAACUCGAUCUCUCAGAUUGCUCUUUGUUGGAAAUUUAUCCUGAGAGUUCCACAAACAUUCAAGAGCUUGAUCCAUGCAUAUGGAGAAUAUCUAUUCUACAAACACUUUUAAUGAAACGAAUGAAGAAGCUGGUAUCGCUCCCACAGCUUCCGGAUUCCCUAUUGUAUUUAGAAGCAGAAUAUUGUGGGUCCCUGGAGAGACUUGAUUGCUCCUUUCGCAAUCCAGAUAUUCGUCUUAACUUCGCAUACUGCUUCAAACUGAAUCAAGAAGCUAAAGAUCUCAUCAUCCACACGCGGACCAAUCAAUAUGCGGUCUUUCCAGCUAUAUCAGUACCUAUGUGCUUCACUUACCGAUCUUCCGGGAGUUCUGUAACUGUGAAGUUGAAUCAAAUGCCUCUUUGCAAAUCAACAAAAUUUAAGGCUUGCGUCAUAUUUUCUGGUAGGGACGAUACAUACCGGGGAUCUGUCUGUUGUACCAUAACGUCUGGAGGGAAUUCUCUCACUUAUUGUAAUAAAAAAGUAGAAGUAUUUUUCGUGUGGCAUCUGUACACAUUCGAGGUUGAGGUUCAAACAGAGGAGGUCACUUCCACCGAGCUUGUCUUUGAGUUCGACAUCAACUAUAAGCAGUCGUCGUACAAUUUCAAAAGAUUGAAGAUAAAAGAAUGUGGAAUAUUCCAACUCACAGACAGUGGCGUCCUUGGGCACAGCCAACUGAAACCUGAACCUAGGGCCCCCACUCUUUUAUGGGCCCCACUCUUUCAUGACCCCUAUUUUUUUUUAAAAAGAAAGCUAUGUAACUAAAUUUGGAGAAUUUUUUUUUGACGUCAAAUUUGGAGCACUUAUGAAAAAAAAAAACUAGUACCAAAACUGAAAAGAGAAUAUUGACCCCUA